GGAAAAUAUAAUCAAAGCACUCCUGACAGAUGGACUUUCUUCCUAUAUAGAAACCUCCACAGAAGGAGACUCCACUCCGAGAAAGCAUAUUCUACUGCCAAACAGCUCUUACCAUCAGAAAAUUCUUUCUACUGUUUAGAUACUAGAAGAAGAGGCAGAUGCCGUAUUGCAAGGUGGCCAUGAAUGAACUAAUACAGAGAGACACUUUGUGGAAGGAGACUGACCUCUAUAUAAGAUAAUGGUGUCUUGACUCGCACUCCUACUUGUUCCUACUUAGAUUGCUCUGCGCUUGCUGUCGUUUCUCACCUAUUUCAUGGCUUGUCGAAAAAAAUGAGCUUCAGCCAACAUUCAUGUAAAUAAGAAUGGGCCCAGAUGUGCCUCUGCUCAAUGACCACAAACAAGAAUUCCUCUUAAAGCGAUUUCCACAGACCGUUUUGGGUGGCCCUCGGUUUAAGUUAGGACACUGCGCACCUCUUUACAUCUAUGUGAAUCAGAUCAUUCUCUUUCUGAUACCAUGGGUUUUCGGAGGAAUCGGAACGCUUCUGUACCAGUUAAAUGUUCUGCAGGACUUUUACACAGCUGCAGUUUCUGGAGGACUAAUGCUAGCUGCAGCCAUUAUUGUUCAGGCGAUAAAUAUGUUUGCAAGACAGAAAACUGCAUCAGUGGAAAGAGUUCGUGUCCACAGUACCCUAACAGAUGAAGAUGAGUGGGAAUUCUCUAGCUGCGUAGGGUCAGAGACAGUCAGAUUUAUUAUUUCAGGCAAGAAAUACAUGAUUAAUGUCAUCUUUCACUCAGUUCUAGCUGGGGUUCUCUGUGGGUUAGGAACCUGGUACUUGCUGCCAAACAGAAUUGCAUCAUUGUAUGAAGGUAACAUUGGAGGAACUGUUAUGAUCUUCAUAUUUGGAUGGGUGACUAUCUGCAUAGGGGAAUACUCAUUGAUCAUCAGUACUGCUUCAGAGACGGCUACUUACCAGGCACUGGACACUUAUGAAAUUGUUCCUCUUAUGAGACCUUUUUACAUUUUUCUCUUCAUUGCAGUGGAUCUUGCUCACAGAUUCCUUGCUGAUAUGCCAGCUUUAACCCUGGCAAACCAGAUUUUGCACAUUGUGUUUUUGUGUUUGCCUCUCUUGUGGACUCUGGGGAUUCUUCCCCCACUGGAUGCACUUUUUCUCUGGGGAAUGGAGCAAGUGUUGGAGCUUGGUUUAGGAGGUUCGCCUAUGUCGAGUAACUUAAGGCUGCUAGCAAUGUUUCUCAUUUCUGUGGGAACAGUGAUUGCCUCUUACUUCAUCCCUAGUACUCUUGGUGUAAUCCUUUUCAUGACUGGAUUUGGAUUUGCACUGAGUCUUAAUCUGAAUGAAGUUUGGUUUGCUUUCAGUCACACCGUGGUUAAAAGCCUACCUUCCAGCAAGUUUAAGAACAGAUCUGCUCAUUGUAAGACACAGUUUGGAUGGAGGGAAUUUAUGUUCUAUUUGACUGUAUUGGCUGUUGCUCUCUUGGAAGCUAGUCUGUUGCAUUCCUUCCAUGGUUCUCAGGCGUUUCCUAAGUCCAGUCUUCAGGCAAUCAUGGGUUUUGUGCUGAUAGUGUUGCUUCUCACUACAUGGGUUCUCUCAGAGAUUCAAACAGUAUACUUACUGGGACUGUUCCGAAAUCCCUUUUACCCAAAGGACAUUAUGAUGGUGAAUGUAUUUAUGAAGAAGCAAAGGAUGCUCAAGAGACUUGGUGUGCUCAGAAGGAUUUUAGUAACUUUAGUGUCUCCAUUUGCUAUGAUAGCAUUUCUUUCCUUAGACAAUUCUCUGCACCAUCUCCCAUCCAUAUAUAUUUCCAUUGGAUUCUCAAGAAGCUUUAGAAUGGUAUGGCAAAAUACAGAGUAUGCUCUGUUAGAUAUGGUUGUGGUGUCUACGGUCCAAUUGUUGUUGCUCAAUACUGAUCUGUGGUGGAACAGAAGCCUUGAUACUGGAAUCAGACUCUUGCUGGUUGGAAUAAUCCGGAACAGAUUAUUUCAGUUUGUUUCAAAACUGAGAUUUGUAUUAACUGUUCUCUUGACGUCUUGGACGGAGAAAAAGCAACGUCGGAAAUCCACUGCUACCUUGAUUACACUCAACAUUGCCUUUUCCCCCAUCGUCCUGGUUCUUGUAGCCCUGUCUGCACUGCUCUCUUCCCCAUUGUUACCUCUUUUCAGUCUACCAAUAUUUUUAAUUGGCUUUCCAAGACCCAUCAGAAGUUGGCCAGGACCUGUGGGUGUGACCGCCUGCAUGUGUCCUGAUACUAUAUAUUACCAGCAAAUGGUUCCAAGUUUGACCACUGCGUUACAGUCAGCAUUCUCAAUUGGUAGCUUGGGUCUCUGUUCACCUGGGUCUCACUACUUGUGUCGAUUUCAAGAUAGACUAGUAUGGAUCCUUGUGUUAGAAAGAGGCUUCACAUACUGCUGUCUUAAUAUCAAGGGGUUAGAACUGCAGGAAACCUCCUGCCACACUGCUGAAGCACACAGAGUUGAUGAAAUUUUUGAGACAGCCUUUGAACAGGAUGAACAUAGUCAUGCUAUUUCUUUCAACCAUCACUUUGGAAAUAUUUUAACACCUUGUGCCGUUCUUCCAGUGAAACUCUAUUCCGAUGCCAGAAGCAUCUUGUCUGGAAUAAUUGAUUCUCCCGAUAAUAGAAAGCAGUUGAAGGAGGACUUCAUAAAAAUCCUCAUAUGGGUGCUAAUUCAGUACUGCUAUGAGAAGUCAAAAACACAAAAAUUGCUUGAAAGUAGACCAAAAUCCAUGCCAGAGUCACCUCCAGUAGAACUACCUGAGAUUUUUGAGAAGGUAGUGGAGAGAAGCCCCUGGAAGGAUGAAGAUGGCUUAAGUGUACAAUCGGUGGAAGACUGGACUGAUGAUAGUAGUCUUUUUGAUGAUGAACUCUGCAAAAAACUACCCAAACCAAAAGAAAUCGCUGCACAGGGAGUAACACCAAGGCCCUUCUUUUCUCUUCCAGGCUCAGUUGAAAUACACACUACGGAAACUGAGCUGCCUGAGGCAGCCAGUGUGAAUAAACUCUAUAAAACUGUUGUUCUUGGUCUUCCUACUGUUGAUACUGGGAAGCAAUGGGGACAGAUGGAUUUGCCCCCUGUGAAGUUCAGUAACCCCUAUUCUGAGCUGCUAAGCCUUCCUGAAGAGUGGAGAACUGCACUCUUGCCAGUAACCAAACUCCGUGACAUGAAGCAGAGGUUUCCAGAAGACUGGUAUCACUUUGUACUCCACCAGUUAGAUUUCUUUCAUUUGAAAGGAAAGCCUCCAAGCCUGUAUGGAGACCUUGUGAAAGACUCUGCUUUGAAGGACUUGUAUAUCCAGGGCAUCUUGCCUUGUUGCAUUUCAGUCUUUGGAAUAGAGGACACUAUUCCUUCUCCUGGUCACAUAUUCAGAGCAUACAAUGGAGGCCUCCCCUGGUCUGUCUGUCUGGACUGGUUGACAGCAAAGCAAGAGCUAUUCCAACUAGCACUUCAAGCAUUCAGGUACUCAGUUAAACUUAUGAUUGAUAAAGCAAGCCUGGGUCCAAUUGAAAAUUUUAAAGAGCUGCUAAACUAUCUUGAAGAAUAUCAUAACAACUGGUACGUUGGACUUAUGUGUGAAAAGGAAUGGCAGCAAGCUGUUCUUCAAGAAAAGCCAUAUCUUUUUUCUUUGGGGCACGACCCUAAUAUGGGAGUUUAUACUAGCAGAGUCCUUACCCUCCAGGAUUUCCUGGUGCAGGUGGGAAAACUUAAUGGAGAAGCGGUCAGAGGACAGUGGGCAAAUCUCUCAUGGGAGCUGCUUUAUGCCACAAAUGAUGACGAGGAACGCUACAGCAUCCAAGCCCAUCCUGUCCUUUUAAGGAACCUGACCAUACAAGCAGCAGACCCUCCCUUGGGCUAUCCGGUUUAUUCCUCUGAACCUCUCCAUGUGCCUUUGCUUUAAUACUGGGCCAUUUGCUGGGCAGGAAAAUGAGGGCUUUCUCUUCUUGCUGUUGAAACACUCAAUCGGAAGAUGAUGGCUAUGAAGGUCAGGUUCUGGUACAAAUCCCCAAAUACGUCUCUUUCAUUACUACAACUUUCAGAUCCUGCAAGGCUACUAAUCAGAGACACUACACACUGGGAGAAGAUGUAAUGCAGGCAAUAAGCUCAAUAAUGUAUUCAUUUUUUUAAAAAUCCUGAAAAAAACUGCAUUUUGACAGGUGACUUGCACCAGGAUGUUGGUCACAGCUUGUAUACUUUAAACCACAGAUUGGUACAGAAUGUAUAUAAUAUGCAAAGUUUUGAUACAACAGACUUUUUU